UUGUAUUAUAUAAACGAUUUAUGUUCAAAACGAUUAUUUAAAAAUUAAUCGUUUAAGUGAAACUUUCGAGUUAAAUUUAAAAUAACUUGUAUUUAAUUCUACAUAAAGAAAAUGUCGUCCGCAAGUCAAACCUACUGCAACGCGCUCGUUAUUGCUCUGAUCGUCGCUUGUCCGUUUCAAUUGGUCCGGAGCAGACCAUCGGAACUGGCCGUCAGAGACGAUGAAGUGGCGGUGGCAGCGGCGGCGGAGGCGUCCGCUUCGGGUGCGGCCGGAGGCGUUGUGGAUGAAUUGACUUCGGUGCUAUCGACUUUCGCGACGGAAGCUUCGACGGGCGUGGAGGAAGUGCUGAGAGCAGUCGGCAGGGGUGGUCUGGCCGUGACCGGCCUGGGCGUGUCCACGGUCAACGGGGUGAGCGGAGUUGCGUCCGACGUGACCGGUGCCGUGUCCGGCGCCGUCGACGCCGUCGACUCAUACAUAGCCACCGUUCCGAUCGUGAGAACGGCCAGCGGAGGACUCAACAGCGUACUCAAAGCCUUUUCCGGAUCCAUGAAGAGCGUUUCGGACUUUGCGCGCAAGACACGCCUGGACGCGGUCACCGAUUUGCGCACGCAGAUUAACGCUAGCUCGUCCACAAAGGCCAGUGCUUAAUACGGCUGUAAGCUGUAAUUUCACCGCUCAUUUUUUUUUUCAAAAUUUGAUCUAGAUUAAAAGUGUUUGCGUUAUUUUUAUCGCGUAAUAA